AUGAUCAUGAAUAACCAGCCUAACUGUAAGAUUAUUUUUAGUUCAACGUAUAAAGGCACAGGGGUCCCAGCCGAUGCUCCUCCAACACUUGGCUUGCCGUUUCCGUUCCCCUGCUUUCCUGGACAAUUCCGCUACUGCCUCAGUAAACGUGGAAAGCCAGCAAUUGAAGUUGGAGCUCAUAGAUUCUGCUUCAACGGUCGUGCGGCGAGCGGGAAGGUUUGGUGGCGGUGCUCGAGGAACCCACGUUGUCGGGCCGCUGUUCACACGUUCGGGUUGCGCGUGGUCCAAAUGAAUAGCGCGCAUACUUGCGGCGUUCGUGCAACACCUCUCAGACCCAUGUUU